AUGACAGUGGCGGGGGUUCCCAUUCCUGCGGCCAGGGCUGGGAAUGACAGUGAUUGUGAUGAUGAGGGGUUCGAACUAGGGGAGGAAGAGUUUGAGUUUGAGGAGGAUCCAUGUUUGGAUGGGCAGCCUUUGCCUCCACAGACACAUGAUGAGGAUAGUACUCUCAUUGCACCACCAAUCGAGAGUGUGAAAGAGGAGAAGAAGGAAGAUGCUAUGAUUGCCCUGGAGCGUGCACCAAAGCUGCGCAGGAUGGGCAUGCAAACUGGGAAACUUCAGGGAUCUGUAAGCAGUGAACCUAAUGGACCUGAGCCGUCUCCCAAUGCCUCUGAACAUCCUCAGAGCUUUCAGCCAGUUCAGAAACCCACCGAAGACCCCCAAAGCAUUCAGCCAGUUCUGCAAGCCACCGAAGACAUCCAAAGCCUUCAGCCAGUUCUGCAAGCCACCGAAGACAUGAAGCCAGCAUCCAAAGCCACCGACUGUGGCAAGAGCUGUGCACCAGAUCCGAAAGCAUCACCCAAAGUUCAUGUGCCUUUGCAAGAGAUGCAAGAUUCCUCGGUGGCCCCAGCCUCAGGUAUGAGCCCACCACCACCUUCACCGCAGACACGCAUUGACAAUAUGGAGACGCAGCCGCUUGAAGCGUGGCCUCACGACCGGCAGCCAUCUUUUGACCAUGACAGUCCACCCCCUCCGGACCCCAAGCCCAGGAAGCCAAAGGACCCUGAACCGGAGAAGCCCAAGGACCCUGAACCGGAGAUGCCAAAGGAGCCCAAACCAGAGAAGCCAAAGGACCCUGAACCGGAGAAGCCAAAGGACCCUGAACCGGAGAAGCCAAAGGAAUCUGAACUGGAGGAGACAGAGAUGGAAUCCACACAUGAUGAGCCCCAGGAGUGUGAAUCCCGGAAGCCGAAAAAAUCUAUCCCCAAGGAGGCGCCGUUGGUCUGUGUGGGAUCUGCCCGCAAAACCCGCAGACGUGUGAGAAAGCUGAAGCGAGCACGCAAGGCUCCACGAUCGAAGCCAGGUCCCCUGAAAGGUGCUGUUGCUGAAUCUGCAAAAGAUUCAAAAGAUGAUCCUGUUGGCAAGGACUUCCCCUCAAAGCCUGUGUGCAUGGAAAACAUGAAGCCAAGCCUUUCCCCAGCUGAGCAGAGUGGCAAGAAGCAGCCGGCUUGUGAAGAAGAGGAAGAGCAGGAGGAGGAUGAGGCAGGGAUGGAGGGUGAGGAGGAAGAGCCUCAGAAUGAAGAUGAGGCAGAGCAGGUAGAGGAAGAGGACAAACCCAUGAAGCGCCCAGCUGCAAAAACUAAACCCAAGGCUAAGGCCAAAACCAGAGCCUCGAAGGAGAAGGAAUGCCAGCAGACCCCCAAGGGGAAGCCAAAGUCGAAGGCCUCAGCCAAAGGCAAGGCAAAGGCCAAGGCCAAGAACAAGGUGAAGGUGGAUCCUAGGUCGGAGGAGAAAGCGCGACUCUGGCGAAAGUCAUGUGCUUACCACAAAGCUAAGCGUGAUGCAGAAGCAGCGGGCAUGUCGAAGAACGAAGCCAACAACAUCGCCCGUCAAGUUCUCCUGCUGACGUGGACACAGAACAUUAACCUGGAGAUGCAGAUCCAGAUGACUUGUGUCUCCUAUGACUCCAGCUACGACCCUUUGGGUAAGUCCAUGAACUUCCUGUCUCCAGGUCUACAAAACCAGCUGCUGGCUUAUGAGGCCACUAUCGUGAUGGUGCUGGUGUGCGAAAAUAUGAUCUACACGAGAGCCUUCGGCGAGUGCCUCUUGUCCCUCUGGGACGAGGAAAGGUGCUUGCUGGUGACCCACUGCGAGCUGAUCUUGAAGCUGCUGCAGCUGGACAAUAGUGGGCAACACGAAGAGACCAAUCGUAUCCUGGCUCUGCAGCAGGAGCUGGCUGCCUAUGAUGGUGUGGAUGCUACAGGACUGCCAAGCGGUGCUGCUGUUCACGAAUCAGUGAAGACUGGCAGCUUCAUGAUCAACCGGUAUUUCAAUCCGAACAAGAAAGGGGCCCUCAAGUGCAGCGAGCAGGUUCCAACAGAAGAGGCAUUUCUGUUCCGCAGCAGCGAGAAGCAAAGCUGCACGCAAGAAGGAUCUGUUGAAGUCCAGGUGAGGCUUGCUGGUGAGAUGGAACCCAAAACCAAAGAACUGGACUUGAUGAACAAGAGCUUGCUGAAGUUCCAGACAGAUGCUGUUCUCGAUGCUGGUACCCCGCCGAAGAGGAACUUUACGAAAGCCACCCCGAAGGCCAAGGCCAAGACCACCAAGGUGUUCAUGGUGCCUGUGAUGCUGAUCUCCAGCGCUUGGCUGGAGGACCUCCUGGACUUGAAGAUCAAGAAGAUCACGACGUGGACCUCGAAGCUUCUGAGGCUGAAUCUGCAAAGGGUGCUGCUGAGAUGGCUGAGCUGGUGUGUAAAGUUGGAGGUGGUCGGAGUCUUCUAUCCAGUGAUUUGCCCUAGCACAUGGAUGUCUUUCUUGCUGAAGGAACAGUCCUACUUGAUUCUUGGAGGAAUUGAUGUCAAGGAGCCCCACAAGUGGCAAGCCCUCCUAUGUGACUUUUGGCAGAAGUACCUGCUAAUGGACAAAGCCCAUGUCAUGCACAAGUACAAGUCCGAAGCAACCUUGAGCUGCACAGUUCCCCUCUACCUGCAUGGUGAUGAAGGCAGAGGCAAAUACAAGCUACCAGUGAUGGUGGAGGCAGUGCAAGGAGUCAUUUCCUGGAAAGAUGAGACCCUCGAUGCCCUGAACCACCACCUAGCGCAAGACCUCACAGAUCUCUUCACCAAGGGGAUUGAGGUGACAACUCCGAAGGGCCCCAUCACUAUCUACUUCGCAAUGAUUGGGGUCAAAGGCGAUUGGGUGUACCUCAGAAAGGAGUGGUACAACAUGUCCCCAGAUGCUCGCUGGCGAUUCUCCAAGGGCUCGACACCCUUCAAAGCGAAGAAAUCGCCCCUGGUCAAAGUGCCUGGGCUAGGUAUAGCUUCGAAAGCAUUGAUCGACCCCGCCCACACUUGGCACAUUGGGUGA